ACAGGAAGCGGGCGGCAGAGGCAGCGGCAGUGGCAGCUUAGGGACUCCCGGGGCUCCUAGCCGAAGAAUUAAGGCUGUUGGGAGGGCGACGGACGCUGAGGACGGAAGAAGGCGCCUCGGGCCUCCUCCCGUGCAGACGCAGUGGCGCUCUCGCCCUCCGCUUAGGCCCCGGCCCCCAGCCCAGGCGGAGGCAGCGGCUGACAAAGGGCUCGAGCCGGUGCCGCCGCCCUUCUCAUCCGGGCACUCGGGCCCCCGCCGAGAGGAAGGGGGAAGGGCGGAGGGGGAGGGGAAGGAGCCCGGGAGGCGCGCGCUCGGAGCCGCGGCCCUUUGCAGGGCUCCGGGCCUGUAGCCCAACGGACUGAAGCGGAAGAGGAGCUGCGGCGGCGGUGGCGGCGGCCGGCGGCAGGAAGAUGGUGCAGAAGGAGAGCCAGGCGGCGCUGGAGGAGAGGGAGAGCGAGCGCAGCGCCAAUCCUGCUGCCCCCUCGGGGGCUUCGUUGGAGCCGCCUGCAGCUCCGGCCUCCGGAGAAGACAACGCAUCCGGAGCCGGGGCGGCGGCCGGGGCCGGGGCGCCUGGAGGAACCCGCAGGUUCCUGUGCGGCGUGGUGGAAGGGUUUUAUGGAAGACCUUGGGUAAUGGAACAGAGAAAAGAACUGUUUAGAAGGCUUCAGAAAUGGGAAUUAAAUACAUACUUGUAUGCUCCAAAAGAUGACUACAAACAUAGGAUGUUUUGGCGAGAGAUGUAUUCAGUGGAAGAAGCUGAGCAACUUAUGACUCUCAUCUCUGCUGCUCGCGAAUACGAGAUAGAAUUCAUCUACGCUAUUUCCCCAGGCCUGGACAUCACCUUUUCUAACCCCAAGGAAGUAUCAACAUUGAAACGUAAAUUAGACCAGGUGUCUCAAUUUGGGUGCAGGUCAUUUGCUUUGCUUUUUGAUGAUAUUGAUCAUAAUAUGUGUGCAGCAGACAAAGAGGUGUUCAGUUCUUUUGCACAUGCACAAGUUUCUAUCACAAAUGAAAUUUAUCAGUACCUAGGAGAGCCGGAAACAUUCCUCUUCUGUCCUACAGAAUAUUGUGGCACUUUCUGUUAUCCAAAUGUAUCUCAGUCUCCUUACUUAAGGACUGUGGGUGAGAAGCUUUUGCCUGGAAUUGAGGUACUUUGGACAGGUCCAAAAGUUGUUUCAAAAGAAAUUCCAGUAGAGUCUAUUGAAGAGGUUUCUAAGAUCAUCAAGAGAUCUCCAGUGAUCUGGGAUAAUAUCCACGCUAAUGAUUACGAUCAGAAGAGGCUGUUUCUGGGCCCCUACAAAGGAAGAUCCACAGAACUCAUCCCACGGUUAAAGGGAGUGCUGACUAAUCCAAACUGUGAAUUUGAAGCUAACUAUGUUGCUAUCCACACCCUUGCCACAUGGUAUAAAUCAAACAUGAAUGGAGUUAGAAAGGAUGUAGUGAUGACUGACAGUGAAGACAGUACUGUAUCAAUACAAAUAAAGUUAGAAAAUGAAGGCAGUGAUGAAGACAUUGAAACUGAUAUACUCUAUAGUCCACAGAUGGCUUUAAAGCUAGCUUUAACAGAAUGGUUGCAGGAGUUUGGCGUACCUCAUCAAUACAGCAGUAGGCAGGUUGCACACAGUGGAGCCAAGGCAAGUGUAGUUGAUGGGACUCCUCUAGUUGCAGCACCCUCUUUAAAUGCCACGACCGUAGUUACAACAGUUUACCAGGAGCCCAUUAUGAGCCAGGGAGCAGCUCUGAGUGGUGAGCCUUCAGCUCUGACCAAGGACGAAGAAAAGAAACAGCCAGAUGAAGAACCCAUGGAUAUGGUAGUAGAAAAGCAAGAAGAACCAGAGCACAAGAAUGACAAUCAAAUACUAACUGAAAUUGUUGAAGCUAAAAUGGCGGAGGAAUUGAAACCAAUGGACACCGAUAAGGAGAGCAUAGCUGAAUCCAAAUCCCCAGAGAUGUCUAUGCAAGAAGAUUGCAUUAGCGAUAUUGCUCCUAUGCAGACUGAUGACCAGACAAACAAGGAGCAGUUUGUGCCUGGUCCAAAUGAAAAGCCUUUGUACACUGCAGAGCCAGUGACUCUAGAGGACUUACAGUUACUUGCUGAUCUCUUCUAUCUUCCUUAUGAGCAUGGACCCAAAGGAGCACAGAUGUUACGGGAAUUUCAGUGGCUUCGCGCAAACAGUAGUGUUGUCAGUGUCAACUGCAAAGGGAAAGACUCUGAAAAAAUUGAAGAGUGGCGGUCACGAGCAGCCAAGUUUGAAGAGAUGUGUGCACUAGUGAUGGGGAUGUUCACUCGGCUCUCCAAUUGUGCCAACAGGACAAUCCUGUAUGACAUGUACUCCUAUGUCUGGGAUAUCAAGAGUAUAAUGUCUAUGGUGAAGUCUUUUGUGCAGUGGUUAGGGUGUCGUAGUCAUUCUUCAGCACAGUUCUUAAUUGGAGACCAAGAACCCUGGGCCUUUAGAGGUGGUCUAGCAGGAGAGUUCCAGCGUUUGUUGCCAAUUGAUGGAGCAAAUGAUCUCUUUUUUCAACCACCCCCACUGACUCCUACCUCCAAAGUUUAUACUAUCAGACCUUAUUUUCCUAAAGAUGAGGCUUCCGUGUACAAGAUUUGCAGAGAAAUGUAUGAUGAUGGAGUGGGCUUACCUUUUCAGAGUCAGCCGGACCUCAUUGGAGACAAGUUAGUAGGAGGGCUGCUUUCCCUCAGCCUGGAUUACUGUUUCGUCCUAGAAGAUGAAGAUGGCAUUUGUGGCUAUGCCUUAGGCACUGUAGAUGUGACCCCCUUCAUUAAGAAAUGCAAAAUAUCUUGGAUUCCCUUCAUGCAGGAGAAGUACACCAAGCCAAAUGGUGACAAAGAGCUCUCAGAGGCUGAGAAAAUAAUGUUAAGUUUCCAUGAAGAGCAGGAGGUGUUGCCAGAAACUUUCCUUGCUAACUUCCCUUCUCUGAUAAAGAUGGAUAUUCACAAAAAAGUCACUGACCCAAGUGUUGCUAAAAGCAUGAUGGCUUGCCUCCUGUCUUCACUGAAGGCUAAUGGAUCUCGGGGGGCUUUCUGUGAAGUAAGACCAGAUGAUAAAAGGAUUCUGGAAUUCUACAGCAAGUUAGGCUGUUUUGAAAUUGCAAAGAUGGAAGGAUUUCCAAAGGAUGUGGUUAUACUUGGUCGGAGCCUGUGACAUUUAUUGGCACUGUGAACUGUCCAAAGUCUCUUAGCCCCACCUUGUGGUUGGUGUUGAGGUCUUCACACAGUUCAGUCUCUGGAGCGGAUUGGGAAACGCGAUGACUAGAGCUCACCAUCACCUUCUCAGCCUGCCCGCUGGCCGGAAGAAGAUAGUACUGCUGCAUGUCCUGUGUGAACAGAUGCGGGUGCCCUCCUGUGGGUCUCGGGUCAGGGUGCAGGACCUCUUGUGGGCUUCUAUAGGGAGAGGUUCUUAAAUAAAUGUAAUCAGCACUAUUUUCUGCAUCCAGUGUGGUUGCAUUUCUCACCUAAGAGUAAUGAAAAUCACUAUUCUCCUUGGUGUGCUGAAUGAAAUGUCUCUGUUCUUUGGAGACAUGGCAGGAAUGAGAAGGAUUUAGUGGGUUCCAAUUGGGCAAUUUUUCUGCUUUUUGUAAAGCUCUGGCUGUAAUGUUGGUUCAGGCAGUUGUGCUUUGUAGGGACAAAUGUGCAUUUGUUUGUGGCAAAGGCCAAAUUGACGAACUUGUAAAUUUCUUUGUAUAUAGACUAGCUGUAACCUGACUUUUCUUUUUGUUUACUGUUUUUAUAUAUUUUUUCCUUUGAAGAUGAGAGGUGUUGGUUUAGAAUGGCACUUUGGAUAAUGUAAACCAUGGAUGGUAGAUUUCCUUUGCAUUUGUUUUUAAAGUGCCUCCCACAGAGGGAUAGGCCAUGACUAUUUGGAGUAUGAGUGUCUAACUUCAUAGAACUCAAAUCUAUUGGGAAGUGCAGUUAUUUCUGGAAAUGAACCUUCCUAGCAGAUGCGCAUGUCAAAUAUUCUGACAUUGUUGUCAAGUAAGGGUAAAUAAAGGGACUGACUAGUGUGGUCUCUGCCCUUAGAGCAGCUGCCACUCUUCUCAAGACCUGUUAACUACUGGUUUAAUUGAAUCAGUCUUUAAUUCUCGCAUGUUUGUAUCUAAUUUUAAAAAGAAAGAAUAAGUAUAUGUUAACCAUAAGUAUACUCUUUCUUUUUAAUCAGAGGUUCUGAAAACUUUCAUGUAUUUUAAUUUAGAUUUGGUGAACUUAAGGGUUUUGAGCAUGAAGCUGGCAGUCUCUUGAGGGUUUUUUGUUUGUUUGUUUGUUUUAUAAUCAUGACUAGCUAGUAACUUCUCCAUAGAUUUCAACAGUAUUUUGUUAUCUUCCCUCUAGUAUUUCAUCAGCUUUUGAGCUCUGAGCUGAGAGGGGAGAGAGAAAAAAGGAAACAUUUUCUUUUACAGAACUGCAGUAUGAGCUUUUGAGCUAGUCUUCAGUUAGCACUGUGGCUAGUGUUUCUAGUGACUCCAGGUGCAGCCUCCUGGGGUAAAAACCUAUGAUAGGAUGUGUGGAAAAACUGAAAUCAAGUUUGGUUUUGAAGGCUAAGAUAAAGGGCAAAAUUGUUACUAGAUAGUAAGACAGUUUAGUGCUCCUCACCUUUCUCUGAAUACACCCCAUUCCCUAGAAGAUUUCAGAGUCAAUUUCAUAUGGAAUCAGGAAUUUUAAACAAGUUGCUUUUUGUUUUAUGUUGGUUUUCGGUAAUCACUUUGGAUGAUCUGAACAUAGCUGAGACGUGUCCAGGUCCAUACUAUCAUUGCUCUAGGGUAAAGUGCUGUGCCAGCUUCAUGGUUAUUAAGGUUGGAAUACCAUUUCGUUGAUUGUUCAGAUCACAGCUCAAUUUCUGUAGAAAACAGACUGUAAAACUAUCUGAAGACCAUGCAAGGGGCAAAAUAAAACUUGAAGUGGA